GAGAGAAGGGAACAUUGCGAUUAGCCUCGCCCGUGUGUCAAGGAAGGAAAACUUGGUAAAGAUUGCUGAAAACAAAGCUUUGUGAAGUUUGAAGGUUCCGUCACGAUGGCAGAGGAGACAGCUUUGAAGAAAUAACGCUCCUGUGCUCCACCGGGGUCAUCCAGGGUGUUGCUCAUCUCUGCUCCUUCGCUGUGGGAUGGAUUACCGCCUGAGCUGAUUCUGCUUCCUGCCGGACCAGCCAGAGGAGACCCUGACAACCAAGAGACAGGGAAGCCAGGACUUACAGGUUGGCACCGUCAAGUGCGUUUAUCCAAACUGAGUGGCAAAGUUUAAACUCGGAGUUCCUGCUGAUCUACAUCGUCAUUUGACUCCUCUUUCUCUGCACAGGCAAGGACACACCUCGGAUUGAACAAUGGCUCUUAUGUUGGUCAAGUUCGAUCUGAAAAAGCGAGUGAAGCUCGCUCAGACGGUCUGGUUCAUGUACUGGUUUGCUGUAAUGGCCGGCGUGCUGGUGUUCAGCAUGGGCCUGUUCUUUAAGAUCGAGCUGAGAAAACGCUCGGAACUCAUGGACAACAACGAGAGCCACUUCUUACCCAACCUGCUCAUAGUUAUGGGUCUAAUAACGUGCGGCAUCAAUGCCUUUGGAGGAAAGAUCUGCUACGACUCCCUGGACCCUUCCAAGUUCGUCAAGUGGAAGCCCAUGUUGAAGGGCUUCCUGGUGGUGUGCGUGGUCUUGAACGCUCUGCUGCUCGUGACGACUGUGCUGUGCUUCUUGAUGAAGAUCCCUCUGCAGUUCACCCUGGCCGAGGGGCUGAAGAACGGCAUGAAGUUCUACAAGGACACGGACACACCGGGCCGCUGUUACAUGAAGAGGACCCUGGACCUGAUGCAGAUGGAGUUUCGCUGCUGCGGGAACGACCAAUACAGAGAUUGGUUCGAGAUUCAGUGGGUCAGCAACCGCUACCUGGACUUCAGCUCGAAGGAAGUCAAAGACCGCAUCAGCAGCAAUGUGGACGGCCAGUACCUGAUGGACGGAGUCCCGUUCAGCUGCUGUAACCCCAGCUCCCCGAGACCCUGCAUCCAGCACCAGAUGACCAACAACUCCGCCUACUACAGCUACGACCACUACACCGAGGAGCUCAACGUGUGGCGGCGCGGCUGCCGUGAAGCCCUGCUGUCCUACUAUGGCGGCUUGAUGAACACCAUCGGAGCCUUGGUGCUGCUGAUCACUAUGCUGGAGGUUGCUGUGACUGUGGGCCUGCAGUACGUCAACACCUCCCUGUCCACCCUGGUCAACCCGGAGGACCCAGAGAGCGAGAGCGAGGGCUGGAUCCUGGAGAAGACAGUGAAAGAGACCUUCACCGACAUCAUGGCCAACAUGAAGGCCAUGGGCAAAGGGGCCAAGGUGGAUGAGGGCGGCGACGCACCAGCGGAAAGCUGAGCGAACCCCUUCUGCAAAAACUGACACCACUCCCACCGGCAGAGGAGAGCGAGGGGACGUGUGAGAUUUUUUUUCUACCAACAUUUAUUAUUAUAUAGACACUACCCACACACACAUUCGGCUUUGAACUCCUUUUAAACGGACUCCUUUACAAAUGGACUGGCAUUAAUAAAAAUACUGUAUAUCCAAACAUAGAGGGAGAUCACGAGUAGAUUGUGUUUUUGAUUUUUCCCCCCAAAUUAAGCAAGCUCUGUCUUUUGCUUCACAGCAAUCUGUUAAAGAGGUUUUCAGUUGUGGUGUCUGAUGUUCUGUGGAUUUGGAUUUAUUGUUUUUCCACCAAAAAAAGGUGCAAAUGGAGAAGUCAAGUAAAUAUGAACAUUGUGUGAGGUGAGACCGACAUUAGAGCCCGACCGAUAUUAAUAUUUGGGAUCAACUGAUAGUAGGGAGUAAAACAAUUGUUACGCUGAUUUAUAGCUCCCAAUAUACCUAAAAAAGAAAUGAAGAUGCUAUUAUCACACUCAAAAUGUAAUUGAGACAUGAUAUUUGACACGUUAUUAAAAAUAACACAACUGCAACCAAAUAAAUAGAACUUGAAAAAAACUAAUUUCAGAACAUAAAUGCACAUCCUUUCUGCAUUAUCCUGUAAAAUAAAAGCUUUCACAUCGGCGAACAUAAACGCAGACACCAAUAUGUUUGUGAAAUACUAAAAUUGACCGAUAUUUACUGUUAAAUCUGUCGGCCUCUAAAUCGUAUAAUCUCCUUUGGAUGGUUGAUGGACAGUUUGUUGGGGAUGGCGGUUGCCCUGCAGCCUGCCCCUGUAAGGAAGCCAAAGAUGCAGAUGGAAAAGAUAUUUCCAGACCAAAGAAACGCGGCGUGUUAUUCUCAUUGACGGGUCUGUCGUGUUUUUGGCGUGUAGCUGAUACACGCAAGACAAACCCCUCCAGGCCACGUCCGUCCACGAUGGCAACUGGAGAAGCUCCUGAGACCGAGUCAAAUUCUAAAUUGAAGGAAAUUGGUGUGAGUUUUGCGUGGAUGUGUAGGCGCAGCGGUGGAAGAGGGAGGGAUGGGCGUCAGGAGGCGAGCUUCAGAGAGCGGCAGGGGAAACUCCGAACCCGCGGAGGACAACUCAAAUUGGCAGCUAAAUCUUGGCUCUUCAUCCCCUGUCCCAUGAUCUCACCCCCUCUCUGACGCCUCCCCUGUGCUUUUACUCUCUGUAUAUUGACACAUAUGUAUGUAUAUUCUAACAACCGGGUUGCUGUCUUUGUACAUAGUGUAGAAAUGAUGAUAUAAAAAAAUUUAACUUUUUUAAGAAAACACAACCUAAUUAAGCUAAACCUUUUAUUUAAAUUCCAUGUAAAGUUUCUCUUUUCCAAAUGAUGUUUCUUCUUCUGUGUAGAGCAGAGAUCCUGCUGACUGUGUACAUGAAUAAAGGAUUUUAGAGAUGUGAUCUGA